AUGGGAGCUAUAGCUGAGUUUCCCAGAAAGAACUUCAAAACAGAGAAGUUUCCAUUUAGCCAAACUUAUUUUAAACUUGAAUCGACAACAAAAGAUACCAACCCAAAAAAAUGUCUGAUUGGUGGGGGUAUUUCUUCAGCCUUAAACCAAAGUCUUCCUACAGAAGGGAUUUUCAAAAAAUUAUUUGAGCAGCAAAGAGAAAUAGAAGCAAAUGACAUUGACAACUUGAAGAUGCUGCAGGUGGCUGAGAAUGUUGUCAAGGACAUUUUUAUAAGGGUAAAAGAUCUGGAUCAUUCUGUUUGCAUUUUAAAGAAGGCUCCAAUUGAGCUUAGUGAGAGAUUGUUCUGUAGUAAAUUUAAAAGAACCGAAUCUCCAGGGACUUUUCAUAAAGAUUUCCAGAAAGAAAUUGGAUUAGUUGCUAGAGAGAUUGUAGCAACUGUGUUUGAUAACUUCCACAGGUGUUUGGUGUCCUGCAUAUCCACUGCAUCCGUUUCAACUAGCAAAGUUUCCAAAUCAGAAAAAAAUAGAGUCACGCAAUCUGAAUUACCUGUUUAUGACCCACACUUUUCUUUGGCUUCUAUAGAUAAAAUAGCCAAAGAGAUGGUUGAAAGUGUUGUAUUCACACUGGAGUCAUUUGUAGCCUUUCAAUUUAAACAUGACUUUAAAUGUAAAUUUUCUGAAAUAAUGAGACUCCAUGUUGAAAAUAGGUCUGGUGCACAACAGAAACCAUUCCUAAGGCCUCUCUCAACUCAAGUUAGCACGUUGGCUACUAAAAUUAUUCACUCCAGUUUAUGUGACAUUUUGAAAGAAUGUGGUUCUGAAGCCUCAGAUUAUACAGACAUUAAAAGUGAUCACAGUGCUUCAGUAGAAACAUUAGCUACUUCAAUAAGGAGAGAAGUUAUUGAUUACCAAUUUCAGAGACCAUUGGCAAAAGCGUCAUCAUCUACUAUAUUUAAGCCUCUAGAAUCUGGGUUAAUUGCUGAAGAGGUUUUACAGAAGGCUAACAAACUCAGCACACAAUGCCAAACUUCCACCACACAUACUAUUAGGGUACCACAUGGAUUUUUAGAAGAUAUAAUUACCAAACUGUUAUCUAAAAUUCUCCCUGAACACUCCAACACGUCUUCCUCUGCAGAAAAGGAAAAUCAAAUUGCAGAAUUUGACUUUAUUCACAUGAAGCUAGUUAGUAAGGUUAUGACAGAAAUCUCUAAAGAUCAGAAUUUGAUUAUUCAGUAUGUUAAAUGUUUACAUCGAGAUGGCAAUGCCCUUGUUCAAACAGUUGUAGAAUCCGUGUACAAUAAGCUUUUGCCACAGUUUGGAUCCCAGUUAACAAUACAGAAGUGCUUAAAAAGUGGGUGCACAAUUCUUUCUGAAGAAAUAGCUGACUUGGUAUUAAGAGAGAUUUCAAGGAAUCAAUUGCAGAACUUUUUUUCUGGAGAAUUAACACCUCACCAAUGUGCUGAAGCAGACAAUGUUGUUGAAGAUAUGCUUAGAGACCUCACCGAACCCUCGGAUCAUACAAACCCCAUAACAUCAGAUAUUAGUGAAUUAUCUUCUCUCAUCAUAGAAAAACUUUCAGCUAAACUUUUACAUAAACUUCUAUCCAUAUUUCCCAUUGUGGACUUGGAUGCACAAAAUAUUUCUUCAGUGAAGGAUGUAACUUCCACAAUUAUGAAUUCACUGCAAGUGCUCCUUUCAAAAAAUCAGAUAAAUACUAGUGAAAAUGUCAAUGAACCAGAUUCUUUACAAGAAGAAGACAGCAAAGCUACUGGAGAGGUCAAUUCUGUUUAUACACGCAUUUUGAAACAAUCUGACUCUGAUGUUUCUAUUCACAAAGAUCUAACAAACAAGAAUGAAGUUUUAGCUAAUAAAAUAGCUUUAAUGGUAAGUGAUACUUCUAAACAUGAAUUUCAACCUGUUUUGGAGGAAGAGUCACCACCCAGUUCACCUUUAAUGCUGGAGGCUGUCAGUAUUAUUGAAAAGAUUCUUACCAAUACAGAGAUGCCAAAACAUCCCUCGGCAUCACAUAUCCCUGUGUUACCAGUGAUGUUUGUGGAAGAAAUAUUAAGUAGAUUCUUGUCUAAAAUCUUAAAGUCAACUCAUAGCAGAAGCCCAGAAAAAAGAAGUUUAUCAAAGACUGAAGUGAAUGAAGUUACUGGGAAGCUGAAACAGUCCAUGGAAAACCUAAUGUCCAAAAAUAAAAUCAGUCUUGUGGAAGCAGCAGGUGAUAUGGCAAAUCCGGAACACAAUGAGACUCUAAAUCAAGUGGCUCAUGCUAUUUACAAUAAUGUCCUGCAAAAAUCUGGAUCUCAGCAAGACUUUUAUGAUAGUGUAACAAGUUCCAGAACAAAUUUUCCUCAACAAGUAGCUAGUAUAAUAAUUAACGAAAUCUCUAAUUGCCAUCUAGCACUUGCUUUUAAAGACAAUCCACCGAUGGUCAGCCAAAGCGCUAUAGCACUUGAUAGAAUUGUUGACAGAGUCCAUGCACAAGUUUCCCUUCAAACAGUGCCUGCACCAGAAUGUUCAAUCAGAGAUGAAAAUGCAAAUGAGCAACCAACAGAAACCAGGCUACCCAUUAAAAUAAUCCCUUAUAUUGGAAAUAAAGCAUUACAAAUAGAUCCGGACAUCGUGUCAGAACAUUUAGCAGUUAUUUCCAUAAAAACAGAGCCUCUUGAGGAGCUGAAAAAAGCAUGCUUCGCUUACACUGGACUGAGUAUAGAAGACCUGAGAAGAGUCUCAGUGGCUGGGAAGAGUCCUGCAGCUGAAACUAGUGGAGCUGAAGAAAAGAGAAAAAGAGAAAGACGUCCCUCUCUGGAUGUAUCAGGACGGCUGGAUGUAAAACCAAAGGAGCCUGUCAGCAGAAAUUCAUUCUGGGACAUGUUAAAGCCUGACAUAGCUAAAGUGGAGCUUUUAAAAGAUGUAGAGAACCAGCAGGACCUUAUCAUGCGACUAGUAACCCAUGAUAUUGAGGCAAAGGUGAAGCAGCAAGAGGAGGAGGAAGAGGCAGCUUUUGAAAAAAUUUUAAAAGUAGAAUCCUCUUUGAUUUUUGAGAGCCAAUCACCCCCAGAUACAGCAGGGAGAGAGGACAUGGCGUCUGCUUGUCCAUUGGAGAAGCAGAAAUAUGAGAGUGAAGCUUCAUUGCCAGAAGUCAGGCCAACCACUAGCAGCCAGAAGAAAUUUCUGUCUUUGAGCAAGUGUUGCCAAGCUUUAUCAAACUCGAUUCCUGAUGAUAUUGAAGAUAUCGUCAGAGAAAUAAAAGAUGACCAGGAUAAUCUGAGCCUUCUCCCUUCGGCUAGUACACAGGAUAAUUUAUUUGCUCCAUCAUCAACCGGGAAAGAGGCUCAAUACGAGCGUGCUCCUCCUGGGCACCGCAAACGGCCGCAGUGCCGGCAGUGCGCGCCUCCUGGGCACCGCAAACGGCCACGGUGCCGGCAGCGCGCUGCUCCUCAGCACCACAAACGGCCACGCUGCCGGCAGUGCAUGCCUCCUGGGCACCGCAAACGGCCGCGCUGCCAGCAGUGCAUGCCUCCUGGGCAUAGCAAAAGGCUGUGGUGCCGGCAGCGUGCUGCUCCUCAGCACUGCAAACGGCCGCGGUGCUGGCAAUGCAUGCCUCCUGGGCACCGCAAACGGCCUGGUGCCGGCAGCGCGCGCCUCUUGGGCACCGCAAACGGCUACGGUGCUGGCAGUGCGUGCCUCCUGGGCACCGCAAACGGCCGCGGCGCCGGCAGCAUGCGCCUUCUGGGCACCGCAAAUGGCCGUGGUGCCGGCAGCAUGCCUCUCCUCGUCACCAAAAACAGCUGUGGUGCCGGCAGCACAAUGCUCCUUGGCACCAAAAACAGCCAUGAUGCCACCAGUGCAAUCCUCCCCUGCAAGGAGAAGAACGUUGGCACCGAGAUUAUCUUCCCCCCGGGCACCAGUAGCAGACCCCCUGCAGGGCACCUCCAAGCAGCCUGCAGCACUACUGUCACUUGCACUUUCUCCUGCUAA